AUGAAGGACCUUGGAGAACUGAAAUUCUUCCUUGGGAUUGAAUUUGCUCUAUCUGAAAAGGGGAUAUACAUGAGCCAGCAUAAAUAUGCAUUGGAGCUGAACUCAGAACUUGGAUUAGCUGGAACCAAACCUUCUAGCACGCCAUUAGAAGUAAACCAGAAAUUGACCUCUGUAGAUUUUGACAAGUUAACUUCUUCUUAUGCCAAUAUUCAAGACCCUCUCUUGAAGGAUGCUGGUGAAUAUCAAAGACUGGUGGGAAGACUAUUGUACUUGACAAUGACUAGGCCGGAUAUAUCAUUUGCGGUACAAACGUUGAGUCAGCACAUGCAUUCUCCCAAACAAUCUCAUUUAGAUGCAGCAAUGAGAGUUGUCAAAUAUAUUAAAGAUGCCCCAGGGCAGGGACUUUUGUUACCAUCUUCAGGAGAUGGGACACUAAAGGCAUACUGUGAUGCUAAUUGGGGAGCCUGCCUCCAAACUAGAAGAUCAGUCACUGGCUACUGUGUAUUCUUUGGCAAUGCCUUGAUUUCUUGGAAAUCAAAGAAGCAAGACACAGUGGCAAGAAGUUCAGCUGAAGCUGAGUUUAGAAGCAUGGCUUCUACUGCAGCAGAAAUUGUGUGGCUCAUUGGUUUACUUGGUGAAUUGGAUGUGAAGGUACAACUGCCUGUGGCUCUAUACUGUGAUAGCAAGGCAGCAAUCCAAAUCGCAGCAAAUCCUAUCUUUCAUGAACGUAUGAAGCAUAUUGAUAUCGGCCACUUUAUUAGAGAGAAGAUAAAAGCUGGUAUUAUCAAGACAACACAUGUGAAUACUAAGGAGCAAAUAGCAGACAUAUUGACUAAGGGUCUGGGAAGAACACAGCACCAGUACUUACUUUGCAAGCUUGGAGUGAAGAACAUUUUUCUACUCUCCAGCUUGAGGGGGAGUAUUGAGCCAGGGUAG